UUAUCUUUAUCAUCUCCUUCUUCUCCUCUUCCUCUCUGUUGAGCUUAAUUUCAAGGGUGGAAAAAGAAAAAUGGGUCGUGGGAAGAUCGAGAUCAAGAGGAUUGAAAACGCCACCAACAGGCAAGUGACCUAUUCCAAGCGAAGGAAUGGUAUUUUCAAGAAAGCACAAGAGCUUACUGUUCUCUGUGAUGCUAAGGUUUCACUCAUCAUGUUUUCUACCACUGGAAAACUCCAUGAAUUCCUCAGCCCUAAUAUGUCGACGAAGGGGUUUUUUGAUCUUUAUCAAAAGACUACAGGCACCGAUCUCUGGAGCUCCCACUAUGAGAAAAUGCAAGAAAACUACAGAAGGCUGAAGGAGAUGAGUAAGAAGCUAAGAAGAGAGCUCAGCAGGCAGAGGAUGGGUGGAGAUCUGGAUGAUCUUAACAUUAAGGCACUGCAAGCUCUUGAGGCUAAGAUGGAUUCUUCCUUGGUGGCCAUACGUCAAAGAAAGUACCAUGUGAUCAAAACGCAGACAGGCACACAAAAGAAGAAGGUGAGGAACUUGGAGGAAAGACAUGCAAAUCUUGUCUUCGAUCUGGAAGCAAAGCUUGAACAUGGUGAUGGAAUAGUUGAAGGUGAAGGGUAUUACAAUGAAGCAGCGCAUGGAGCCUCCAGCUUACACGCUCUUCGCCUAUACCAAAAUCACCAUCCAAAUCUUGUUCUUCACCAUGGGGGAAGAUUUGGUUCCAAUGAUCUUCGCCUUGCUUGAUUAUUGACGGUUUUUGAGUACACACUGCCUCCAGUUUCAGAUAUUUAUUCUCCUUAUUAUAUUUGAUAUCUAGUAUUAUAUGGAGUAGAAGAAUAAUUCCAAUCCUCCAACAUCAAAUGGUUUGCCCGUUUCUCGUCGGAUAACUAAGUGCUUGUGUGUUCUCUUUUGAUGCAUUAUAUGAACGAUCGAUGUU